CGGGAAUGGAAUGUUGUUUUUUUUUUGACGCGAAGUAAGACAUACUUGAAUUAUAAAAAAAUAUGUAAAUGAAGUGUUUUAAGUAUUAAAUUUUAAUAAUAAUAGAUACUAUUUAACAAAUGAGAUAAAAAUGGAUGAACAUACAUUAAAUGAUUUAUUAGAAUGUUCCGUUUGCUUGGAGCGUUUGGAUACCUCCUCAAAAAUUACAAAAAAUACACCAACGAACUAACCAACUACUUGUUCACGAGAAUGGAAUGUUGUUUUUUGGACGCGAAGUAAGACGUACUUGAAUUAUAAAAAAUAUGUAAAUGAAGUGUUUUAAGUAUUAAAUUUAAAUAAUAAUAGAUAAUAUUUAACAAAUGGAAUAAAUAUGGAUGAACAUACAUUACAUGAUUUAAUAGAAUAUUCCGUUUGCUUGGAAGGUUUGGAUACCUCCUGAAAAGUUUUACCUGUACAAAAGACAACGACUCCAAGAGUAAAGAAAUAUGUAAAUGAAGUGUAUUAAAUUUAAAUAAUAAUAGAUAAUAUUGAACAAAUGAGUUAAAAAUGGAUGAACAUACAUUAAAUGAUUUAUUAGAGUGUUCCGUUUGCUUGGAACGUUUGGAUACCUCCUCAAAAGUUUUACCCUGUCAGCAUACGUUCUGUCGCAAAUGUUUAGAGGUCAUUUAUGCCAGCCGCCAAGAAUUAAGAUGUCCUGAAUGUCGCAUUUUAGUUGAUACUAAAAUUGAUGAAUUGCCACCGAACGUUUUAUUAAUGAGAAUACUAGAAGGCAUGAAAAAUGCAGCUAGUAAACAGCACAGUAUUAUUAAUGAAAUAACAAGAGAAACAAAUGAGAAAAAAGAAACGAUUCGACUACUACCAACUACUAAUACUACUGGUGGUAUUACAGCUACUGCUGCUAACACUAUGGCAGCGGCUGCAUUAAAUUCGAAUAUUGCUAAUGAAGAACGUAUACGACAACAAAUACAACAGCAGCAGCUGAAACAAAGACAGCAGCAAAUUCUACAAUUUCAACAACAAAUACAACAGCAACAUCAUAUGCAUCCAACACAAAAUCAGCCAACACUACAACAGCAGACAUCGCAACAGCAACAAUUGCAACAGCAGCAGCAGCAAUCUCUACAAACUCAGCAAAGACGUUGUAUUGUACCCCAUGCUUAUGCUUUAUAUGACUUUGAAUCAAACGAAACCAAUGAUUUGAAGUUCAAAAAGGGAGAUUUAAUUUUCCUAAAGCGUAAAAUAGAUUCCAAUUGGUAUGUGGGUCAAUUAAAGGGGACCGAAGGAAAUUUUCCCAUUAACUAUGUGCAGAUUGUUGUGCCCUUGCCUACAUCACAGUGUGUGGCCUUGUAUGAUUUCAAAAUGGGUCCCAAUGAAGAAGAAGGCUGUUUGACAUUUAAAAAGGGCACUGUUAUACAGGUUUUGCGCCGAGUAGAUCAUAAUUGGGCAGAAGGUAGAAUUGGCUCAUCUAUUGGCAUUUUUCCUAUAGCCUUUGUCGAGUUAAAUCAGUUGGCAAAACAAUUACUAGAGGGUUUUGUGUUGUCAACAACUGCCACACAGCAGCCCUCAACACAUCAUGGCCAACAAGCCGCAAAUAAUGAUGUUCGUAAUUUGCCUCCAUUGCCACCAGUCAUUGAUCCUACUACCAAUAUUAAUAAUGGCGAUUCGACUACAUCAUCGUCAGCGGUUUCUUCAACUACAAAUACUGCAUCAUCUUCCUCAAAUUCCUCGACUAAUACAAGUCCUACUACAGCGUCAGUGAAUCCAACAACUUCUUCAAAUAGUGCCAGUUUUCAUUCUAUGCCCAAUAGUCCACAAUCCUCGAAACCCUCGACGCCUCAGCACUCUGUUACGACCAUUGCAAAUCCCUCAAAUUCGGUGCGUAUGCGUAAUAAUGACCUGAAACACAAAAGACAUUCGCUCAAUGCUUUAUUGAAUAAUGGCAGCACUGCCUUAAGUAUUAUGCAAACUAACCGGCAUUCGGCUGAGAUUUUAAGUGUACCAAAUGAUUUCGAUAGCGAACCAACCAGCAGUUCUUCAAUGUCCACUGCGGCCGCCGGCCAAACAAUAGCGGCUCGAGAACAACAGGUUCACACAUCCAAUAUACCUUCUGUUAGUAAUCAACAUUCUACACAAAUUGUCCAAAAUGAAACACCAACAACUACUUCAUCUUCUCCUUCUUCUUCUUCCUCUACUUCACAACAGGCUUCACGUCAUAAUGUUUUGAAAACAUGCGUUCAACAAAGUAUACCGCCAUCUUUACCCUGGGGUUACUUGGCCUUGUAUCCCUAUAAGCCAAGAAAAGUCGAUGAGUUAGAAUUGAAGAAAGGCUGUGUUUAUAUGGUAACUGAACGUUGUUUGGAUGGCUGGUUUAAAGGCAAAAAUUGGAAGGAUGUUAGUGGCGUCUUUCCCGGUAACUAUGUAACUCCCUUAAGGACCCGGGAUCAGCAACAGUUAAUGCACAGCUGGAAAUUGGUACCACCUUCCGCCUCAAUGCAAUCUAAUUAUCAGUCUGCUACUUCUCUGAGCCAAGCGCCUCCUUCUAUAUCAACAGCAGGAAAUCCAACAGGUCCACAACAACAACUAUCACCUAGUUAUCCGUCAUCAAUGCGUAACGAUUUGGAAAAUAUUAAUGCUCGUUUAACAUUGGCAAAUCUAACGCCUCAUCAAGCCAUGCCGCCCGAUUUGCCACCACGUUAUUUGACCAUUAGCCCGACACCACCGCCCUCUGUCACUAAUAGCAACAAUAUGAACAUGACCACUAAGGAAAAUCGUGAUAAAGAAGCACAAAAAGAGAAACCCACAGCAACUGGUUGUAUAUCAACAUCAUCCUCAUCUUCGAGUUCCACAUCAUCAGCAUCGGCAGGACUUAAAAAGUUUUUAACACACAUUAAAACUAGAUCUAAAUCUCCCAGUGCUGCAGUUGCCGCAGCUGCAGCAUCUGUAGCCACCAUUCAGGCAAAUGUUAUAACUCAAUCGCACAAUAAUGUCCCGCAACAACUACAGCAACAUACCGUGAAACCCACUGCUCAAAGCAUACAGACUCAAAUGACAUCCUCCUUAACACCGGUUCAUGUGCGUUCGGGCUCUUGUCCCAGUCAACUUUUACAAAAUUUACCAAAUGAUGUUUACCAUGGCAAUCAGAUUGAAAAUAAAAAUCCUAAUUCAACAACAACGACGACAACCUCCCAGCAAUCGUCACCUCAAAACAAUUAUGGCUCACAUCGCGUCAAAGGCCCUAAAGAAAGAGCUUCUUUGGACAAUACACGCCCUACUAUUGAUUCAACUUUGCGUAGUAUUUAUGCCAAUCACCUGCAACAACAAUCUGCCUUAAUGGCCAAUAAAUGUGGCCAACAGUAUCAGCAGCAACAGCAACAGCACCAGCUACCAUUGACGACAAAUUCAAAUUCUAGCUUAAAUAAUACCGCGAUCGCCAUACAUCAUCGCAAAUCUCAUUCUCUUGAUGCCUCAAAUAUUCUGCAAUCAUCUCCAAUUACGCCGAACACAAGUUCCUUUUCCAAUAGCGGUGCUGGUGCUGGUGGUAGCGUUGGCGGUAGUGUUACUUCUAUUAAAACACCGGCUCCUCAAUGUAAUAUAAAUGCUGCUGCUAUACAUGCCAGUGCUACAACGAAAUCAACGCAGAAUAUGAGUGAAAGUCGUUUUCGCUGCGUGGUUCCUUAUCCGCCCAACAGUGAUGUAGAAUUGGAACUUCAAGUCGGUGACAUUAUAUUUGUAUACCGCAAACAAAAAAAUGGUUGGUACAAAGGUACCAAUUCACGAACAUAUAAGACUGGUUUAUUUCCUGCUUCAUUCGUUGAACCCGAUAUAUAAAUAAAAAAAAAUUAUAUUAAAUUAAAUCCUUUAAAAGACUUGUACAACUGUAAGUUUAAUUCAAAAUUAUUAUUUUUCUUUAUUAUUGUAUUAGUUUAAGUUUAUUUUAUAAAACAUAUCACUAUCAUUAUUAUUUUUGUUGUUAAGAUUUAUUUACAUUUCGAUCAAAAUUUGUUUUCGUUUUAUUUACAUAUUUUUUUUUCUCAAACUGCCAUUAAUAGAAAUUCUUAAUUUAUACUUUUUAAGCGCUGGUCGAUUUAAAGUUAAAUAAAGAUGUAAUUUUUUAGUAAAUAUGUAAUUUUAUACAACCACAUUCGAAUGCUUGUUUUAAAUCAUACUAUAUUUUUAGCUAUAAAAUAUUAGUUUUCUAAGAAUUAUCUUUUUUUUUAUUAUUAAUAGUUAAUUGUAAAAUGUUUUAAUUUGUUUAACUCCAAUAUUCAUAAACAUUUUUUAUAUUUGUUUAAACAAAAAAAUCGAAUAUAUUAUCAUGUAUGUAUAACAAUAGCUUUGUUCCAGUACUAAUCAGAUUUGCAAAUUUUGCAAAAAAAAGUUUUCAUACUCAAAAUUUCAAAGUAGUUUGUGACUUUUUCUAUCAAUUCUGCUUAUUUCUGACCAGAACUGGAACUUACCAAAUAUGUAUGAUGAAAUUGUAGCAACAAAUGUUUCAAAUAAAUAUGUACGUUAUAAAUCGCUACAAGGCUUCCUUAAGUUUAUAAGAUUUUUACUUUAAGUUUGUAUUAAAUUUAUUAACAAAACAUUGUUUAUACGGACACACACAUAUUUCGUUGUCUUUAUAGUGAGUAAAUAUACAUAGUUGUUAAAGAUUCAAAAGAAUUUUUUCAACAAUUUUUAUAAAUAUUGUGAUGCUUUAUGUAUAUUUUUUUUUUUUAAUUUUUAAGUCAUUUUCAAUUUUACUAACGUGUAGCGUAGCAAAACUCAAAAUAGUUGAAUGAACUUUUUUCCAUUAGAAAUACUAACUUGAAUUUUAAUGCCAGCCAAUUUUAACUUUUUAUAUAAUAUUUUCAAAUAAAAUAAAGAUAAGAAUAUUAAUUUGAUUAACAA